AUGUCCCGGACACCUACCAUGACCGUUCGUCAGGCGCUACAGAUCGCUCAGAACAGCGAAACAGACGAGUUGGAUCCACAAAUCCUCCAGAUACUAGAAACCUUUCUCCGCCAGCUCUGGGGUCGUAUCCAAUCUCUUCCAGAAACGUACAUCAUGGACGAACUCGAAUUUGCUGUGUUCAACCACUCUCGAGCACGUUCCGAAUUCCAGAACGAGACUGCAAGGAAGGCGUUACUAUCGCGACAAUCUUCCCCUCCACUGACGACCGACCCGGACUGCACCCUGUAUGACGGAUAUUUCUACGUCACUGCGCGAAACUACACCUGGCAAUUACAGUGCUCCAACACCUAUGAUGGAGUUAUCCUUGCUCAAACUACGGACACCACCGACUUGGGCUCCUGUAUCGAAGAGUGUGUCAAUUACAAUCGCCAGAAUGGCGCGGGGGCCUGCUUAGCGGUCACUUUCAAUGGUGCAUAUGCUACGGCGGAUACUGUCUGCACCCAGUUCAGCGAAGUAACUUCGGUUGGAAUUGCGUCUGAAGAAGGAGGUGUCGAGAACUCAGCUCUGUUGAUCCUUGGCCCCGAUGGAGAGAUUUUUGCAACACCAGAGCCAGAGCCAUCGUUCUCUGGAGAGCCAACCCAACCGCCAACCGUGGAUCCGGUGCCUACCUCGACCACAGCCAACCGUGAGCACAUCAUAUGUUAUUUUCACCACCACGACUACAUCUACAGGUACAGUCUUCGUCACGUCAUGCGCUGCGGGAAGUGCCCCAUGCCAACAGAGCACGACCCCUUCAUCCUCGACAAUGGGCCCGGGUACAUCUGCGAGCAGCCCUCCAACUACAAGCGUAACUUCUAUCAGCAUCAGUGA